UGUUGUUGUGUGUUUUCAUUACUCUUCUUUAUUUCACAGCAGUUUUCACAAGACUAACAUACAUGUAGCUAGCUCGAGGAUCUUUUUUUUCGUGUUCUUUUUUCUUCCUCCCACGUUAUGUGUGUUCUUUACGGUUAAUUAAAUGCGCUCCGUGUGCCCGUGAGCUGCAGUGCUGCUGUCGGCCGUGUCAUUGCGCCCGGAAGGUAGGCAAGCUGCACCGGCCGUGGGGUGCUUUAUUCGACUCGAUUUGCAAAGAAGCCGGCAUGGCAUGAGCGGGCGGGUAUGUGUGUAAAAUUGAUCUACAAGGACGCUGUGUGGGAGCUGGGAGGGAGUGCAGAAACGUGCAUCUACAGCCAUGAUGCCACUGCACAGGACGGGUUAAAGCACCAUCGCAUGUGUGGGUGUGUGUGUGUGGGUGUGUGUGAUGAACUACACAUUUGCCGUACCGGAUCAGUCCCGGGGCGCAGUGCUAUCGAUGUGUUUUGCGGGAAAUUGACUGACGCUUGUACCGCGGAUGAGUCAUUCAUUUUCUCUAAACAGGACGCAGUGCAAAAGUGUGCGCGAAAGAGAGCGUCAACGUGUGAAGCAAACGUGUCAAAGUGUAGUGGGGACUAGGGACUGAGCAGCACCUUUCUUUUUUCUCUUUAUCGUUUCGUUUCGUUUCGCUUACAAGCUAAAUGCACACAGUUGUACAGUGUGUGCAGUGUGUGUGUGUGUAUGGAACAGUAACGGACACUUUUUUGGUACAACCCAGCCGGACAGGCGUCGGUCAGUCUUCGGUCGCUGGUGUGCGUGUGUGUGUGUUGGUUAGUUGUUUAGCGGUUGCGCGCGCGCGCGGGAGAGAGAGAGCGCCAUCUACCGGGCGCCGAUAAUACGCAAGGCCGCCCACUCAGCAGCAGCAGCAGCAGCUGCCAGCACAGAGAUCUUCGCACGGGAGAUCGACGAUCAAACGCAUAUCGAACGACAAAACGACGACGACGACAUCCGAUACAAACGACCACAACAACAACAACAACAACCACUACAUUGGCAAGGAUCGUGCGAGUGGUUUGCUAUUCUCGUGUUCUUCUUGACACACGCAAACACAGCACACACACACAGCACACAAUCGGUUUGACGAGACGGGCAAGGAAAGGAAAAACAAAUCGCUCCCCCAGUAAUCGGUGGGCAGAAGAUUUAUAUCAACAACAACAAAAAAAGGUGAGAGAAAAACCACCGUACCUCCCCCCCCCCCGCCGUAAUCUGCCGUAGAGACCCGUUUGUGUGUGCGUGUGUGUGUGUGUGUGUGCGCCUGCACGCUCCGAUCGUGGUGAGCGUGUGGUGGCGCGCACCUGGAUCGUCCCCAGCCCAGCGCACAGCCGCCCAAGGUGUGAAACGGCGGCGGCAGCAGCUGUAGUGGAGCCCCGGAGCCACCGUGACACCCAGAACCAGAACGUGGAUACCCCGCAAUUGGAUACAGCGACCAAGAGCGACAGGGAGAGCGAGAGAGAACGGAGCUGUAACUGAGUAACCACUGGGUGCGGGUGUGUGUGUGGGAGAGAGAGAGAGGGGGUGGGAAACCCGCGAGGCGAGACAAUUUAUCAUCGGCCGCGCACGCCGCCGCGUGCUGUAGUUUUCGCACCGUUCCGGCCGCCCAGGGCACAAAACGAGAGCGCGCGUACGCGAGAGAGAGAGACAGACAGCGAGAGAUAGAGAGAGAGAGAGCGCGCGCAUAUCGUGCAGCAUCUUCACCAGCAGUCUCGAGAACCGCCGCGCGACGCCUAAAAACGUAAAGCGCAGCAACGAGACACGCAGGAAGGUCCACCACCACUACCCUACUCCGCGCCGCUGUCUAUUUUGCAGGGGACGAAUCAAAACCGCGCAACGCGAAUGAUUUGCAACUCGCACCAAGUGUUUGGCCGCGAAGUGCAGGAAAAUGUAAGCAGCCGCCGGGCAGCAGCAGCAGCCGGUGCCGCUACUAGACGAACGAUCGAACGAACGGAAGCAACGCACGGUGGGACCGCACCGAGCAGCAGCGUCGGCAGGAGCAGCCAGUGCAGCAGUGCCGUCGGCCGCCGGCCCGCGUACCGGUGGACGCGCCCGAAGCAGCGCAGCACCCGCAAGCGCCGGAAACGCAAGCCGCCGACCGCCGCCGAGUGAGCCAGCCAGCAGCGCAGGAAGCAACAGAACACCCUGCGCUGGUGCAAAAGUGCCGCCCAAAAAGGGAUAAUACGUCCGGCGACCGGCCGGUCGCAACAUUAACCCAGCAAAACCGUGCGCAGUGCAACGCAAACAAAAAAAGCAAAAGCAAAAAAGUGCAUCCAAAAACGCCCCGAAGUGUGAGUGAGUGUGCAAAACGUCACGAAUUGUUAGUGUCGGUGCAGUGUGUGAGAAACCGGCCCGUUUGUUUCUGCUUUGAAAAGGAAAGGAAAUAAAAACGCAAGCGAGGAACCCGCGCCGUGAGGAAAACCAACAAAAAAAAGUAAUAUUAACAACCUCAAAUCAAAAAGUGUGCGAUUUGUAACACCAAAAAAAAAACGGUGAAAGUAAAGCAACAAAACCUGAAGAAAAAAACACACUCACACCCAACAGUUUUGUGAAACAUCAAUCAAUCAAAUAGUGAAACGAAAUCCCUGUGCAGUAGUGCAAGUGUUUGUUUGUGCAAAGUGCAAAGUGUGCCGAAAGGAACCAGCCAAUCCUCAAUCCAACCAGCGCAGAGAGAGAGAGAGCGCGCGGUAGCGCUCGCCCGCGCGGAAAGGACGCUCCAACCAAUCUCAGCACCCAACCCCCAUACACACAAUUUGCCAGCCAGCCAGCCGCAACCGCAGCCUGCGAUGGCUAAAUUUAUCGCGACACUUUGUCUCCUGUGGCUGUCGGUGCUGGUGCUGGUCGGGUUCGCCGCCCGACCGGUAGCGGCCCGCCGCCACCCGCUGCUGAUCGAGGACGAGGGAGCGCGCCGCAACCGGCCCGCAGAGUGCCAGUUUGGCAAGACCAUACGCGAGCUGCACACGACCUGGUUCGCCGAUUUGGGCCCCCCGUUUGGCGUCAUGUACUGCAUCAUGUGCGAAUGUGUACCGUUCCAGAAGAAGCGUCGCGUCGUGGGCCGCGUCCAGUGUCGCAACAUCAAGAACGAAUGCCCGAAGCCGACCUGUGACGAUCCGAUCCUGCUGCCGGGAAGAUGCUGCAAGACCUGUCCGGGAGAUGCUCAGAGUCCUGACGUGGUGCAAGAUCUUCCCCAGGCGACGAUGCCGGAAGAGGAGGAGCGCAGCAAACACUUUGCGGCCCUGCUGACCGGGCGCACCUCCUCGCUGCUGAAGAAGGACGACAUGGGCACGAUGUACUCGACGCUGAACCCGCAGAACGUGGUCGCGACCGGCCGGUUCUCGUUCCACAAGAAGAACCUCUACUACAGCUUCUACGUGUCGGAGCGGGCGGCCCGGCCCCGCUCGAUCCAGUUCGUGCACGCGAACGGCAACAUCCUGGAGGAGCACACGCUCGCCCUGCCGUCGGACGAGGGCCGGCUGAGCGCGUACCAGAACGGCACCGGCAAGGUGUGCGGCGUGUGGAGGCGCGUGCCGCGCGAAUACCGCCGGCUGCUGCGCGACGAGCUCGUCAGCGUGGUGUUGCUGUGGGGCAGCAAACAUCAGGCCGAGCUGGCAAUUGCCGGCCCGAUCGCCAAGUAUCCGGCCCUCGCGCACGAACUUUUCAGCUCGCUGUUGGAACCGGCAGCGGCGACGACGUCCGACAUGAUGGGCGGGGCGGGCGGUACCGCCAUCGUGUCCACCAGCAGCGGUGUCACCUCCUCCAUCCACCUGACGAUCGUGCUGAACGGGCUGUUCGCGCUGGACGACGUGGCCGACGUGCCGCUGAGCGUGCGGCUCGAGUCGCUCGACAAGCGCCAGCUCAUCCUGGAGGAUGUGCAGCGCGUCCGCAAGCCGGCCCACGACAUCAACGUGCUCGAGGUGUCGUCCCCGGUGUCCGUGAGCGAUCUGCGGCUGCUGACGCGCGGCAAGCUGACGCUCACGGUCGAGUCCCGGCGCCAUCCCGAGCUGCUGCGGCUGCAGGGUCCGGUCCGUGGUCGGGUCGCUUGCGAAGUCUUCCAAACGCUGCUCAGCUCGCACGGGGCGGACGCGCGGAGCGACGCGAGCGGGCUCGCCUGGAUGUACCAGAACCGGGACGGUGCGCUCGUGUACCACGUGCAGACGCACCGGCUGCCCCACCAUCACGGGGCGGCGGCCAGCCCCGUCCUCACGCUGCUCGACGACAGUGCGAAGCGCCGGCCCGAGCUCGAGACGCUCACGCGCGCCUUCACCGGCGAGCACGCGUCCGGCCUGAUCGACCGCAUGGGGCCGCGCGUGCUCGAGCCGCUGUACGCGGGCGAGCUGGCGAUCCAGGUGGCGAACGAACAGAAUCUCACCCUGCUGCACGGCAAGUUCGUGACGCGCCAGGUGGCGGACGCGCGCGACUCGGCCGCCCCGGUGCUGCUGCGCCGCGGCGCGGACGCACCGGCCCCGCUAGCGCACGCGGUCGGGCUCGCCUGGCUCGCGGUCGACAACGAGUGCAGCCUGCACUACGACCUCUCGCUCGCCGGCGUCCCGGGCGCCUACCAUCCGCUGCAGCUCUACCUGGAGGAGCUGCCGCUCGAGGCACCGAACGCGCCGGUCGCCCGCCGCCUGCUGGAGGACUUUAGCGGCAACCAGCUCGAGGGUUUCCAGCUCGGGCUGCCGCCGCGCGAGCUCGCCAAGCUCGAGACGAGCGUCAUCUAUCUGGAGGUGCGCUCGAACGGCACCGCCGAGCCGGUGCUGCGGGCCCGCCUCCACACGCCGACGCGCGUCCCACCCCACUGUACCGGCGGGCUGGACAACGAGGUGCAGCAGGACCCGUUCGCCGCGAACGAUGUGCCGACGGUGGCCGCCAACGAGAAGUGCUUCCACUCCGGCCGGUUCUACGACGAGGGCGAAACGUGGCGCAGCGCGGUCGAGGCGUGCACCAUGUGCUCCUGCGACCACCAGCAGUACAAGUGCGAGAAGAUGAAGUGUCCCCCGCUGCGCUGCCGCAAGGAGGACAUCGUGCAGAAGAAGGGCGAAUGCUGCCCGUCCUGUGCCGCUCCGAAAGUGGCGGCCGCACCGGCCCCUCCAGCGGCGGCGCCGCCGCCGGCCCCGACCAACAGCAACGGGCGGGGCUGCAGCCUCGGCGACGAGUUCCACGAGGCCGGCACGACCUGGCACCCGUACCUGCACCCGAGCGGCUACGAAACCUGCACCAUCUGCACGUGCGAGCUGUUCACGCUGCAGGUGAAGUGUGCGCGGGCCCAGUGUCCGCCGCUGCCGUGCAGCGACAAGGUCGCCUACCGGCCGGACAAGAAGGCGUGCUGCAAGGUGUGCCCGCAGGUGAAGGAACCGAAGGUGUCGAAGCGGACGCACGGCGCACGGCCGGACGUGCAGUACGAUGAGGCGGGCGGCUCGGCCGGCACGCUCCGGUCGCCGCAGGCGAUACUGGCGGCCGGCGGCUGCCGGUACGAGGAGAACAUCUACGAGAACGGGCAGGAGUACCAUCCGAUACUGGCGACGCACGGCGAGGAGAAGUGCAUCAAGUGCCGGUGCAAGGAUGGACAGCUUAACUGUAGCCGCAAGCGGUGCAACCGCGCCAUGUGCAACCGGCAGAAUGCGAAGCAGCGUGCACUGCAGCAAUCGCAGCAGCAGCCCGCCGACGAGUGCUGCCAGUGCAGGCCCGCCCGCCACCACCGGAAACGGCAACAGCAGCAGCAGCAGCAGCAACAGCAGACAAGCGUCAAGAGUUGAAUACGAGGUGGCGUUGUGCAGCUGGCCGAGCGAAAGUAGUAGCAGCAGCAGCAGCAGCAGUGGCGUUUAGUAGCGACGCGGAGUGCCCGUGGGUUUCCCUGUGCCAUGUUUGAAGUGUGUUGCUCGCGGGGCUCCGCACCAUCCACACUUACCUGUUUGUUUUUUUUUUAAAUUACCACCAUCCUCUCCAAACCACCCCCCACGCCCCCUCGUCCUGUGCUCUCGCUCUAUCACAACGCCUCUCUCUCUCUCUCUGUCUCUGUGUGUCUCAGCGAUGUCUCAGAGCGACACCCGCGUGACACGUGUUUGCUGGCGUCAUAAUCGGCACCAUUUUGUAGUGUUCUGUGCGCCGGAGUAUUGUAUUCUUAUUUUUCGAGAAGCUCCGCCACUUUCAUCCUCUCCCUCCCCCCUCUCCCCUCACCCAUCAUUUCCCAUUGCGCUUUUGCAUUCAGCUUUAGUAAUGCUCCGUUACGCGUGUAACGCCCGCCAAAAACAAAAAAAAAAACAAACGUAACACCGCCCGAACGCUUUCUUUGCUCGGUUGGGCAAGGUUUAGUGCAGUGUGCGCCAUCUUGGUGCGUACGUUAUUAAUAAUUGGACCCUUUUUCGAUUAAGAAGAAGAAGAAGAAAACAAAGAUACACAUUCACAAUAGUGUAUGGAGCGUGUGCCGCGCUUCCCCUUCAAGAUCGUAUUAGGGCGAGCGAGCGAGCGAGAGAGAGAGGGAGAGAGAAAGAAUGAGAGAGUGAGAGCAAGGAUCUAUUUAUAUGUACUUUAAAAAGGAAAAAAACCCACACAUACAUACAUACAUACACACACUCUCACAUAAUACACAUUCAACACAUAAACACACACACACAUUUUACAUUUUAACCAUGUAAGGAUAAGGAAUGCAACACGCAUAAUAAUUUUAAUAUAAAAUCGUAUAUCUUAACGUAUCUUGUAGUGAACGUGCACCCGCAACCCACCCACCCACUCACACACACACACACAUACAUGCACACGCUUUACGUGUGUCGGUGGCGUGUGUGUCCGGCAUGGGCAUGGGGUACAGGGUAAGCCGAUGAGUGACCUUUUUGAAACGAUAUACCACACACAAACUGAAAAGAACAACAACAACAAAAACCCACAGUAACACAUACAGCAGCAAGUCCCCCCCCCCCCCUUUAAACCCCCUGGCUGUAUGGAUAUAUAUUCAUAUAUACCUUUUUUAUAUAAAUAUAUAUACAUUUAUAUACCUUGUACAUGUAGGCAAACGUAGGUUAACGGAAUCAUGAUGUACUAACUAGCCCUUAGUACACUACCGAUGUAAGGACACGUAUUUAUUUUUGCAAAACAAAAAACACACACACACAUAUACAUACAUGCUCACACACACACACAUACACCCUCACAGAUACGGCAAUUGAACAGCACCGUCUGCGCGAAAAGAAAAUAGGAAAAAAACAGAGGAAGAGAGAGAGAGAGAAAGAGAGAAAGAGAGAGAGAGAAGGGAUGGAGCGGCGUGUGGAGCGUCGCGUUCUGUGUUGCGCCACUCCACGUACCAAAGCGAUUUAAGGCGGGCAAAUUAGUAGAUCUAGCGAUAGGUUGGGUGCAAGAGAAAGAAAGAGAGAGAGAGAGAGAGAGAAAAAAGAGAGCUAGAAAUGAAUCGCGCUCGCGAUGGAAUGGAAUCUUUUCCCAAGGUUGGGUGGGGAGUGCGAAAAGCGAACUUCUUCCCCCCGGAGCAAGCCGGCCCGAUGGGCCCCAAACCAGGAACGACAAACCCGAGAGCUUUUGGUUUUUGGCGUUUUGGCGUUUGUCUGUUGCAUUGCUUUUUUGUUUUGUUUUUGUCGCUUUUGCAAACUACUGAGCGUGUGGCUUGGGAAUAUCAAAACAGGGGAAAAAAUGGAGGGAAAAAGGUGGCAAAAGGGUGGAAGAGGGGGUUGAGAGGAGACCGGGGGAAACUGCCGGAAAACAGGCUCCCCAGGAACAGGAAAGGAACGCAUUUAAUUUAACCGGUUUAUAGUAGCUUUGUUCGGUGUGUCAGUAUAGGUAAGCGGAAGCGGGCGGAAAGCAGAAAAGCAGGGAAAACGACAGAAGUAAACGAACAGAAAAGGAAAAAGAAGAAAAAGAAGAAGACGAAAAAUAUGAUAAUGAAGAAGAAGAAAAAACGAAAAUGAGAAGAAGAAGAAAAGUAGAAAAAACGAAAACAGAAAAGGAAGCAAACUAAACAAACAAACGAAAGCGCGAAUAGAAAAGGAAGAAUAGGAAGAAUAAAAGGAAGCAAAAAAAACAAACAAACAAAAACAAACAAAAACACGCCACCCAUAUUACAUCUUUUUGUCUUUCUUCCGAUGUUGCCCCGGUUUUUUCUCUCCUUCUUUUCUCGGAAAACUCACGGGGCUGAAAGGGCUGGUAGAGCAACUAAGACGUACACUAAGGCCUUUGAGCGCCAUCUAUACGAUUGUGUCUCUGCUUUAAUGCACCGAGCAUCGUCACCCCUGGGGUGGUGUUUUACUGCACUCUUUCGGUGUUUAUUUACUGGUACAAAAAAGCGAAAAUAGAGAGAGAGAGAGAGAGAGAGAGAGACACGAUAAAAAAAUAAAAACAAAACGGAAAGGGAAGGAGAGGAAAGGCCAAACCCCCGCUCCCUCCUCCCACCCCUAAAAAUCCCAAAAGUCCUAGUAACAAUCCUCGCGCGGAAUGCUGGUCAUAACAGUCAUAUAGUUUUUUUUUGGUUGCUUAAAGCGUAACUAUUUCGCCAUCGUUCCACCAUUUUUUUUUGUUUUAAUUUGUCGAAUCGUUUUUCCCACACCAUGGGGUGGUGUGUGGAUCGCAAAAUUAUUGUAUCAAAAUUAUACAUUACCUUAGUAGUACUUAACAGCAGCAGCAGUAACGUUAUCGAAUGCCAAAAAACAAAGUCACGAGGGAAGGAAAAAAGGAUGCUUAGGUGUACGGAAGUAAAACAAAAUGCUAAGUAAGAACUUUUUUUUAAACGUUUAGGCCUUUCACUUUAAUCGCACUUUUGGUUUCGAGUAAAAGUAGUACUAAGAGAAAAAAUACAAAAGGAAUGGUACGUUUCAAAUCAAUCAAACAAAAACAACACACAAAAAAAAAAACAGAGAACGUUAUACAAAAUGAUUUCUGCGAAACGAAUACUAGGAGAAUACUUAGAAAGCAAGAAAUGGACAGAGAGAGAGAGAGAGAGAGAAAGAGAGUGGGAGUGAGAAAGAAAUGAGAAUGAAUAGUAGAGGAAGACAAUACAAAGCAUAGGGCGACAAAACGGCAAAGAAAGAGAAAGAAAAUAAGAAGCAAAAAGUCGAUGCCUCGAUCUCUAGUCAAGCGUCGCACACACGUUGCACGCUCGGGAGGCGAUGUCACGAGCACACUAACUGACUGACUACUGAGCCCCGGUACAAAGUGGGUUUUUUGCUUUACUGAGCGGCAGUGGUGACAGCUGCGAGCUGUCACUUUUGGUGUUUGGACGGUCACAAAGCAGCCGUCACAAAUUCAAAUCAAAACACACACAUACAGUGGAAACAAAUCGAAUGGAAUUCACACAAUACAAACAGACAAUAAGUACAUUAAAUCACACUUACAUACACUCACACUCGUACACACACACACACACACACACACACACACACACACACACACACACACACACACACACACACACACACACACACACACACACACACACACACACACACACACACACACACACACACACACACACACACACACUCACAUACUUUAGGAGGUAAAGCAGAUAGGGAAGAGAGGCAAGCGUUGUGCGCUGCAAGGUUGUUGCGCAGCCAGUCUUAACAAGUCUUACAACAAACAAACAAACAAACAAACCAGCCGCUAAAUACUAAUGACGGUGAUCGAUACCAUAUACACCUAUAUAUACAUUAUAUAUAUAUAUAUAUAUAUAUCUAGAGAUGUAAAACGCAAAAAACUACGGUUACUAUGUCUAAAAUGUAGUAUUUUAAGUAUUACUACCCGCAUACACAUAUACAUAUAUAUAUAGAAGCAGAGAUUGCUGUGUACGCGCGCGCCCGACGCCGUACGACUGAUAAGCAUAA